CUUUCAGACAGGAAGAAAAGAGCUUUACAGAAGAAAGAUGUGGAUAUCCGUAGAAGAAUUGAACUUAUUCAAGACUUUGAAAUGCCCACAGUUAGCACAAAGAUUAAGGUAUCAAGAGAUGGACAAUAUAUUAUGGCAGUUGGAACUUAUAAGCCAAGGAUCCGCUGUUUUGAUACCUAUCAGUUAUCCCAGAAAUUUGAAAGAUGCUUAGAUUCUGAAGUGGUUACGUUUGAGAUUUUAUCAGAUGAUUACUCAAAGAUUGUCUUCUUGCAGUGUGACAGGUUUGUGGAGUUUCAUUCGCAACAUGGCCAUUACUACAGGACAAGAAUACCAAAAUUUGGUAGAGAUUUCUCUUAUCACUAUCCAUCGUGUGACCUGUAUUUUGUAGGAGCAAGUUCUGAAGUAUACAGGCUAAAUCUGGAACAAGGAAGGUUUCUCAACUCCCUGCAAACUGACGCUUCAGAGAGUAAUGUCUGUGACAUAAAUCCUGUACACUUCUUGUUUGCUAUGGGGACGGCUGAGGGUAAAGUGGAAUGCUGGGAUCCUAGAACUAGAAAUCGAGUUGGGCUGUUGGACUGUGCUUUAAGUAGUGUGACAGCAGAUACAGAGAUAGAUGGUUUACCAUCCAUUUCAGCCCUGAAAUUUGAUGGAGCUUUGAAUAUGGCUGUUGGAACAUCUACUGGGCAGGUUUUGUUGUAUGAUCUCCGAUCUAGUAAUCCAUUAAUAGUCAAAGAUCACCACUAUGGCUUGCCUAUUAAGUCAAUUCAGUUUCAGCGUCAGUUGGAUUUAAUUAUCUCUGCAGAUUCUCGAAUCAUAAAAAUGUGGAACAAAGAUACGGGGAAGAUAUUUACUUCAAUGGAGCCAGAAUAUGAUAUCAAUGAUGUCUGCCUGUAUCCAAAUUCAGGAAUGCUAAUGACUGCCAAUGAAGCCCCUAAAAUGAAUAUCUAUUAUAUACCGGUUUUAGGACCUGCCCCAAAAUGGUGUUCCUUCUUGGACAACUUGACUGAAGAGCUGGAAGAGAAUCCGGAGAGCACAGUUUAUGAUGAUUACAAAUUCGUUACCAGAAGAGACCUUGAAAAUUUAGGCCUUGCUCAUCUCAUUGGGUCAUCAUUGCUCAGAGCAUAUAUGCAUGGCUUUUUCAUGGACAUAAGGCUUUAUCAUAAGGCAAAAAUGAUGGCCAACCCCUUUGCCUAUGAAGAAUACAGAAGAGAGAAAAUAAGGCAGAAGAUAGAAGAAACACGUGCACAGAGAGUUCAACUAAAGAAACUUCCAAAAGUCAAUAAAGAGCUUGCACUCAAACUAAUUGAAGAAGAAGGAGAAGAGCAACAGGUUACUAGAAAAAGGAAACAGAAGAAUCUGCCUAGCCUUCUCAAAGAUGAUCGUUUUAAGGUCAUGUUUGAGAAUCCAGAUUUCCAGGUGGAUGAGCAGAGUGAAGAAUUUAGGCUACUUAACCCACUUGUUUCUAAAAUAAGUGAGAAAAGAAAGAGGAAACUAAAGAUUUUAGAGGAGCUGGAAGCACAAGAACAGGAAGAGGAGGAAGAACCAGAAGGAAAAGCAAGUGAUGCAGAAAGUUCUGAGAGUUCAGAUGAUGAAAAAGGCUGGGUUGAAGAGGUCAGGAAACAGCGCAAGCUUCUACGCCAAGAGGAAAAAGUAAAGCGGCAGGAAAGGUUCAAGGAGGAUCAGCAAACAUUACUGAAACCUCAGUUUUUUGAGAUUAAAGAAGGAGAGGAAUUCAGAAGCUUCAAAGACUCUGCCAAAAAACAAAAAUUAAUGAAGUAAGACUAAUGUUCCUAUUUUCAUAGCUGGGGGUGGACGAUUCUCAAGUAUUUGUCUACAAUGGAGGCCA